UGGUCACUCUCUCUGCACGUUCUCUUGCCCUCAUUUCUAUUCUCUCUCUCUCUCUCUUUAACAUCAUCAUCACCUUCCCUAUUAAAGACUCUAACCAGUCACAGACUCUAGAGAGUGUGAGAGACAGAGUCAGAGUCUGCAAGAGCAAAGAUCAGAGCGAGAGAGAGAUCAGCCGAUCAUCAAUCAUCACUACCAAAUGGACGUCUAUGGCUUAUCUUCACCAUCAGACUUACUUCGAAUCGACGACCUUCUCGACUUCUCCAACGAAGACAUCUUCUCCGCCUCUUCUUCCACUUCCACCGCCGCUACUUCCUCCUCUUCCUUCCCUCCUCCGCAAAACCCUAAUUACCACCACCAUCUCCCUUCCUCUGCCGAUCAUUCUUUCCUCCACGACAUUUGCGUUCCCAGUGACGACGCUGCUCACCUGGAAUGGCUCUCGCAAUUCGUCGACGAUUCCUUCGCUGAUUUUCCGGCGAAUCCACUGGGAGGAACCAUGACUUGCGUCAAAACCGAAACCUCGUUUCCCGGGAAACCAAGAAGCAAACGGUCGAGAGCUCCAGCUGCUUUCGCCGGAACAUGGGCGCCGAUGCCGGAAUCAGACCAGGAGAUUCACAUCGCCGGGAAAUUGAAGCCUAAGAAAGAACACUCCGGCGGAGGAGGAAGACACCAAGCGACGACGGCCGAGACGGCGGAAGGAGGGAUGAGGAGAUGCACUCACUGUGCUUCCGAGAAGACGCCGCAGUGGAGGACCGGACCACUCGGACCAAAGACGCUAUGCAACGCCUGUGGAGUCCGGUUUAAAUCCGGUAGACUCGUACCGGAAUACAGACCGGCUUCGAGUCCUACUUUCGUUUUGACUCAGCAUUCCAACUCUCACCGGAAAGUCAUGGAGCUUCGACGGCAGAAAGAGGUUAUGAGACAACCAUCACAAGUCCAACUUCACCAUCACCACCACCACCACCAUCCGCCGUUUUAACCCGUCGUCACUUUUUUUUGUGUUUUUUUUUUUUUUUUUUUUGUUCUUCUUCGAGGUUGGGUUUGGGGGAGUAACAUGAUGAUGACGUGUCGCGAUACUAGUGGCGCUGAUCACGUGACCGACGACGAUGGGAGCCUAAAAUUAGUGUUGAAAUCAAACUCUGCUAAAAUCAACCUCAUUAUUAAUUGUUAAUUAUUUAAAAAAAAUUAAAACUUUGGUUUGCCUUUUCUCCUACGUUAAUAUUUUUUCUUUUCUUCAAAUUUUGAAAUGAUUUAAUCAUUUA